CCGCCGUCGAUCCGAAGACAUGUCAUUGACAUUUUCAUUUAAUUAAAUCGCUGAACUGAAUCGGAUUUUCGGCAUUAUAAUAAUAAUUACGUAUACUAUGUUGUUUAAGGAGACGACUAUAUAAAUAUAUUUAAAAAAAAUAUUCAUACUUUAUUUGAGAAAUUUUAUUUUGUAAAUUAGAUUACGAUGGCAGCGACGAGAAGACUUCAAAAGGAGCUGAAUGACAUCAGGCAGUCGGGGCUGAAGUCAUUUAGGGAUAUCCAGGUUGAUGAAUCGAAUAUAUUAACUUGGCAGGGUUUAAUUGUGCCCGACAACUCUCCUUAUAAUAAAGGUGCAUUCAGAAUUGAGAUCAAUUUCCCAGCAGAAUAUCCAUUCAAACCUCCUAAAAUAAGUUUUAAAACAAAGAUUUAUCACCCUAAUAUUGAUGAAAAGGGCCAAGUAUGCCUACCAAUCAUUAGUGCUGAAAAUUGGAAACCAGCAACUAAGACUGACCAAGUAAUACAAGCCCUAGUUGCACUUGUGAAUGACCCUGAACCAGAACAUCCAUUACGUGCUGAGCUGGCUGAGGAAUACUUAAAGGACCGGAAAAAAUUCACAAAAAAUGCAGAAGAGUUUACCAAAAAACAUAGUGAAAAGAGACCAUCAGACUAAACUAUUCAAAUUUGCAGCAAUAAUCAUUUUACAUGAUUAGCUUGUAUGAAUUUACAUUUUGCUAGCUACAGUAGAUUUACUUAUUAUUUUAUUAUAAUACAAGUUAAGUAUUUAUGUAUUUCAUAGUUGACAUUUCAAUAAAAAUACUUUAUUAUAAUUUCAUACAAAAUCUAAUCAUGUAAGAUAAGACAAAACUGCUGAUAUUGUAACUUCUGUGCUGAUGCAAAAAUAUUAAAUGUCCACAUUGCUUGCAAUUCUAUAUGCACUAUAUAUGUAUAAAAACUCAAUUUAUAGAAUGGGCUUAAACAGUUGAUUUAACAGUUUCUGGGCUAUCGAUUCUUUAUUCUCUACUAGUUUUUGUUAUUAUUUCAAAAUUUCAAACAAUAGUCAAAAAUUUAAAGUAAAUAUGUUUCUGUAUUCAAUUUUAACCAUGAUUGGCUCUGGCCUAAGCUUACAUACAAAUGUAAAUGCUCCUAUAAAGUGAAUAUUGUCUAAGUAUAUAAAGUCUUAUCGGUGUUUAGGAACAAUACCUUAUACAACCACAUUAUAUAGACAAGUGGCUGUUCAUAGAGCUAGAAUACUCUGUGCUUAAGGGUAUGCAUUUCUUCUGUAAUUGUCACCAUUUUAAUAAGAAAUUUUUUGGGGAAACAUACUACAUAUAUACAAUACUGUGUUAAUAAUUUUAACUUAUUGCCUAACAAUUAAUAUAAAGAGAUAAAUUCCUGUCUUGUUAGAAAAUUGUGAUUCCUUUAUUAUGUAUCAUUCAUAAAUUUUUGUUGUAAUUUUAUUCUCAGAUUAUUUUAAUUCCAUGUAAGAAUAUGCAUUAAUAUAUCUUUCUAUGUAAUAACUGUUCAGUGAAUGAACCUUAAAUAAAUAUUUUUUUUGA